AUCGUCUAGGUUACUUUCCUAUUUCUUCAACAAAACACUAUGACCAAGGCACCUUAAUAGAACAGUUUGUUGGGGCUUACAGUUUCAGAGAGUGAGUUCACGACCAUUAUGGCCAGGUGCAUGCCAUCUGGAAGGUAGGCAUGGCACUGGACAGCAGCUGAGAACUUACAUGUUGAGACACAAGAAGGAGGCAGAGAGAGAGAGUGUUCACUGGGGAUGGUUUGGGCUUUUGAAACCUCAAAACCCACCCCAAAUGACACAACUUCUAUAACAAGGCCACACCUCCCAAUUUUUCCAGAACAGUUCCUCCAAGUGGGGACCAAAUAUUCAAAAACAUAAAGUUCUCAUUCAAAGCACCACAGUGGCCCACACCCAUUAUAACCCCAAUUCUUACUGGGGAGGCAUCGGAAAGAAGAUUAGAGGAAGCUGGGGGCCGGUUUGAGGUCCAGGCCAAUCAGGAAUACGAAGCAAGACCCUCUCUUUAAUCUUCCUCACCCAAAAAUAAAACUGAUAAGUAAAUAAAUGGAUAAUUGGAGAGCGAGAAAAAGAUAUAGUAUGGAGAAGGGUAAAUCAGGCCUGUGGGUCAUGCCAGGUAAAUACAAAGCGCCCAGCCGGAGCUUUCCUUCUCCCUCUAUACUUCUUAAUCCUUCUACUUCCACCCCCAGCUCAGGCCUAACAACAAUUCUCUCUCCUCUUGUCCUCACCUACCCCACCCCCAAGCGCCCACCCCUGGCCACAGACACACAGGACAACUUCCUCAAGUUCUGUUCCUGCACUUUGAAUUGGUCCGUUGUGCCUGGCAAGAAGGUCUACACUUCUUGUGCCUGAGGCUGUGGCAGUCAGACCAAGCUUUUGUGCCUACCUAACUCCUGACUCGACCUAUGGCUGCCACAGACAGAAGCCCGUGUCCUUGCCGGAUGCGCUUGCCACUCGGUAGGCGGUGCUGAUGUUGUUUAUAUGCUAUGGCUGACUGCACUGACGGCCAUUUGGGGUCCCCAGGGACUGUUUGUCGUGCACCUGUGUCUUGCACAGAGCUGCAGGUGGCUCUACACAGUGCUGUUUCCGGCCUGCGGGUGUCAACUCUGGCCAGGCUAACUGGUGGCUUCAACUGCAGACACAGCUGCGAUUCCCGGCACCAUUCUGACCGCGGCUCCGCUCUCCGUAAGACGGGCUCUCUUGCCACCUCCCGGCGACGCGACGGCUCCAGAGCUAGCUCGACAGCCGGGGUUUCCGUGAGUAAGGAACUCCAGUCCAGACUGCGCCGCCUUCCCGAGGAACUACACUUCCCAGCGGGUGCCGGAGCGACUGUGUCAUCUCUCUGCGUUCCCUGAGGUUCCGCACGCGCUAGGAUUAACCCCUUAGUGGCUGCAGCCUGAAGUUGAGCAGCCGGCUCAGGGCCCAGCCUGCUCCUUCAGAAUGCCAGAGGGCCCGGAGCUGCACCUGGCCAGCCUCUUUGUGAAUGAGAUGUGUAAGGGGCUGGUGUUUGGCGGCUGUGUGGAGAAGUCCUCUGUCAGCCGAAACCCCGAGGUGCCUUUUGAGAGCACGGCCUACCACAUCUCAGCUUUAGCCCGAGGCAAGGAGUUGCGCCUGACACUGAGCCCCCUGCCUGGGGCCCAGCCCCCUCAGAAGCCACUGUCCCUUGUGUUCCGCUUUGGUAUGUCUGGAUCCUUCCAGCUGGUGCCUGCAGAUGCGCUGCCGCCCCACGCCCAUCUACGUUUUUACACGGCCCCCCCUGGCCCCCAGCUGGCCCUUUGCUUCGUGGACAUCCGCCGCUUUGGCCGCUGGGACUCUGGCGGUGAAUGGCAGCCAGGCCGGGGGCCCUGUGUCUUGCUGGAGUAUGAACGGUUCAGGAUGUGGGAUGGGUCUCAUGCACGUAGCCUGUGUCCCUCCAGGGAGAACGUACUUCGGAACCUGUCAGACAAAGCCUUUGACCGGCCCAUCUGUGAGGCCUUGCUGGACCAGAGGUUCUUCAAUGGCAUUGGCAACUAUCUGCGGGCAGAGAUCUUGUACCGGCUGAAGAUCCCCCCUUUUGAGAAGGCCCGCACAGUUCUGGAGGCCCUGCAGCAGUGCCGGCUGAGCCCAGAGCUGACCCUGAGCCAGAAGAUUAAGGCCAAACUGCAGAACCCAGACCUGCUAGAACUGUGUCACUUGGUGCCCAAGGAAGUGGUUCAGCUGGGGGGCAAAGGCUACGGGCCAGAGCGUGGAGAGGAGGAUUUUGCUGCCUUUAGAGCCUGGCUGCGGUGCUAUGGCAUGCCAGGCAUGAAUUCUCUUCGAGACCGGCAUGGCCGUACCAUCUGGUUCCAGGGUGAUCCCGGACCCUUGGCACCCAAAGGGGAUAGAUCCCGAAAAAAGAAGUCACAGAAAACACAGCUGGGAGCUGAGGACAGAAAAGAGGACCUUCCACUUUCAAGCAAGUCCAUUUCCAGGACUCAGAGGGCCAGGAAACACCCUCCUACGAGUAUAGCUCAACAGCCUAACGGGAUCAGCCUCCAACAAAACUCGGGAACCCCUACAGCCCUUGAGAAAGGAAAGAGAAGGGGGCGACAGGCAACCACAGGUCGCCGCAGACCCCGAAAGAGUAAGGCUGAUACCUAAUCCAGAGAGGCAGAGAUCUUCAGCCUCAUAGAUAGAGGUCUCCUUGCUUGGUACUCGCUCUCCUGUUGCCUUGCUAUGAAUCUAGGGGCAUGUCUGAAUCCCUACACACAGUAUUUGUAGGGCUGUAUGCCCUAGGCCCUGUGAUUUUUCCUGCACAACUGUUUCUUGAGACAGGGUCUCAUACAUCCUAGGCUGGCCUUGAGCUCAUUAUGUACCUGAAUAUGACAUUAAACUCGUGAUUGAUCUUCCUGCCUUUA